ACCAGUAAUUCAACAAAUGCUGAAUCCUCUUUGAGUCAAUGGGGAACUGGGAAUGAUGAAAUGCGUGAGAUGCAGAUUUCAUGUUUCCUUAAACAACGGAAUAGACGGUCCCAGGUGAUUACAUCAGACAUCCAGAUGAAGUUUAAUAAAGUUACAGCUGUGGCAAAAGGAUUCCUUACUCGUAGACUGAUGAAAACAGAGAAAUUGAAACAACUUCAACAAACUGUGAAAGAUACCUUGGAAUUUAUCAAUAAUUUUCAGAUAGAAACCCCUCUCAAAAGAGGUGCUGUGUCAUCGCAAGAUCUUUCAUUGCACGAAAGAGUUGUUACACAGUUACGAGCUGCCCUUUAUGAGAUUCACGACAUCUUCUUUGUAUUCAAUCCUGAAGAUAGAAUGCAAAUUCUGAGCCAUGAUCGGGAAAUUCACAAAGAAAAACAGCUGAGACAAAUGGUAACUUAUACUAACUAGGGGUCAGUGAACAAAGUAU